UAAAUUGAAGAAGUUAGGGCAUGAUUUGAUAGAUAAGUUCGAGAACAACUUGGAAUCCGAAGACGAAAAGAGGAGACCAGCGAAACCUUGUUCUUGUGUCUCUGUUUGUGCGAGUAGUAGAGUAGCCAAAGACAGUUCAACAAACAAAUAUAUCUCUAUUAGAGGGAAGCUAUUGGGCUGAGAAGAUGAAUAAUUCUUCCGCAGGACCCUCUUCAAAAGCGAGAGCUGGAUCAUCCCAGCCAUCGGAAUCUACAUUUAAGCGCAAGCGAGGAGUUUUUCAGAAAGAUUUGCAGCACAUGAUGUAUGGUUUUGGAGAUGAUCCCAAUCCACUUCCAGAAACUGUGGCACUGGUGGAGGACAUUGUUGUGGAGUAUGUAACUGAUAUGGUGCAUAAAGCUCAAGAUACUGCAUCAAAAAGGGGAAAGCUUCUAAUUGAUGAAUUUACGUUCUUAAUACGGAAGGACCUGCCAAAGCUUAAUCGCUGUUCAGAACUGUUGUCUAUGAAUGAGGAGCUGAAACAAGCAAGGAAGGCUUUUGAGGUAGAUGAAGAGAAGCUGGCAACAAUUGAGUGAUAAGGAAAGCAUAAAUAGGUUUUUGCAUCGCAGUGUAAAUGAUUUUCCUCAACUAAUACAAGUGGAUGUUGGUAAAUUUUAAUUUGAGUUACGCAUGUUGAACAACUGAUCUUGGCUUGCCUUCUUACCAGGUAGAAGUUGAAACGUUAUUCUUAGGUCUCUUUAUAUCUUGCACCACUUAUUUGUAACGGUAAUUUUCUGUAGCUUGGUGAAGCACUUACAUCCGUGCUUAUUCAAUGGAAUUCUAUCCCCCACGAUCAGUUUUUGCUCG